AUGACCGCCUUUGCUCGUCCAUCAUUACUCGACAAUCGGUAUGCAGUAAUUGCCGAAACCAGUGCAUACACAUAUGAUGAUGAUGAUCUUGUUAAUUAUGCUGAAUUUUUACGAAAGCAUGGGCGUUAUAAGACAAAAGGCGGUUAUGUUGAUGCAUCUCGAAAUAUUCGUUCGCUUCAUCGUCAACAAGAAGAUUUCCAAUCAUCGCCAUCUAGAAGUGGUAUAUUGGCUUCUAUUAAUAAAUCAUCAUUAUCAGCACCGCCCAUUGGAUCAACACCAAGAAAGAUAAAAGCACCUGAAGAAAAUGAACUUGCAGCAUUAUCUAAUUUGGUAAAUCUUGAAAAUAAAAAAAAAGAAUACGACAAACAAAUGAAAUUGGUUGAAGAAGAAAUGAUUAGAGCUAAACAACGAGAACGAGAAGCAAAACGCUUAGAAGGAGAUAUUAAAAAAGAACAACGACAUGUGCAACAUGCAAUUCGAGACCUUGAUGUUGAUACAACGAAAAAGCGUUAUUAUGCUGAAAAGAGUUUGUCGAAGAAUCUCGAAGAAAAAGAUAAAAUUGAAAGAGAAUUCGUUAAGAAACGAGAAAAGCAAACAAAACAACGAACCGAUCGUUUAAUUGAUUCCUUACAAACAAAUAAAGAUAAAGAUCGUCGUAAUUUACUUCUUUGUAACGAUCUUUCUCGACAAUAUGGAACAAAAUCACAUGAACUUCAAAUAAAACAUCAGCAAUUACAUCAAAUUCAUUUGGACUUCGAACAAAAAGUUCAACAAAGAGAGCUCGAAGAAGCACGAAUCAAAAAAGAAUUAGCUGAUAUAGCAAUGGCAUUGAAUUUAGAAGCGCAAAAAGCCAAAGCUGAUAUGAAAGAUUUUCUAACAAUCGCUGAUUUUGAUCGAGGCCUAACAAUGAAACAAGAUUUGGAACCAGAACAAAGAACUAAUGUUACUCCAGGAUUUUGCGCUACCGAUAUGACUGAACAUGCGCCUGAUGCUCGUCCAGCUGAACUUGGUGCCGAUUCGAUUUUAUAUAUGGUCAAUGCACUUCGAAGUGAACUUAAAAACGGUGGAUUCUAUGCUGAUGGCCAACAAAUACCCUUAAUCAGUGCACCCAUAGUCUAG